GAGCGCAAGGGUCCUGGAAAGCUGCCCAGGGCCCUAUAAGCUGCUAGCCAAAAAAAUUGACCCGGGCCCUCCCCGAAAGGGACCCACAGUACCCGCGCACAGUGGACGCGCGAACGGAAGCUAGUGGGCGCGAUAAGCUCUGAUGGGCCAGUCAACUUUUUUUCCCACAGCGUAUCGCGGUCCCAGGCCGUGCUUGAUCGACGGCCCAGCACCACCUCGCUCGCUCUUGCUCGCCUCGGUCAAUUGCAUUCUACUCCAACACAAGCCAAGUCUCCUGGGAGCAAGACGAGGCUGGGCUGAGCGGUAGGCAACCAUGUUGGACGACGGCCCAUGAAAGUCACCAGCCGAAUUGACGGGCCGAUAUGCGGCGCAUUCCUCGUCUUGCGUCGGCCAUCGUCGACCUGGACGAUAUCGACGACGACGAUACUUCUUUCCGCCGCCCCGUCCACGUCGGCCGUCACCGCCGCCCGCUCCGCCCUCACCCCCGCCGGCAGAGCGCUGCACCCCCGCAGCUAUUAUGCCACCCACACAGGCAAGCGCCCGUCUGGGGACGACAUCAGCUCUGCCCAGUGGUCGCCCUCGUCGCGCCGUCGCCAGCUGACCGCAGACCCCCUCCUCCGCACCGCCGGCCUGCACAACGGCAGCUUUUUUCUUUCCCCCACAUCUCGGAGAUGUGAGACGCACUCUGCCGCAGCAGCCGCCGUCAAGUCUACGAACACCUCUACGCCCGAACAGACUCCUUCGCCCAUACCACGCCCUGCGCUCACCAAGGAAGAGCUCCUUGCCCUUGUCGACCCCCUUGGCGAAGACACUGGCGAGGUUGACGAACACCUCAGCUUCCACCGAGACCCCUAUAUGCGUCGAUACAGCCCCCCUAACGAUCCUAUCGUUGCUCAUGACAAGCAUGACUACGAAUUCCCCUCCAUUGACGACGUGACCUAUGCUAGCGAAGUGGAGCAGGCCAUAUUAUCGGAUCUCCGUUUCGCCGUGCUCUCCCGCCUCCGGAGCCGUAGCAAGGCUGAUCUCGACACUAUAUAUGAGAUAUACCAGCGCUUGCCCGAGCCUCGCAUGCCGUAUAUCACCGGCCGUCUUCGCCACCAGCUUCUCACUGCGCUCGGCCAGCCUGAAAAGAAAAACUCAAAGUCCAUGUUGCGCUAUUUUGCCGUCAUGGCCGACGUCCAGGAAGCUGGGUUUCCCCUAACGGCUGCCGAGUGGAAUGGCGCCGCCUCCUACGCGGCUAGAUAUGUUGGUGCUACCACCGAGGUCGAGACCGAAUCAGCUCUGAAACUAUGGCGAGAGAUGGAGUUUGACGGGAGUGUCAAGGCCACCAACGUGACAUUCAACAUCCUCUUUGACGCGGCGUCAAAGUCAGGUAACUUCACCCUAGCCGAGAUGAUCUAUAAGGAGAUGGAGGCCCGCGGCCACCACUACAACCGAUACCACCACGUCAGCCUGAUACACUUCUUCGGUCUUAAACUUGACACCACCGGCAUACGGGCCGCCUUCAGGGAGAUGGUUAACGCCGGGGAAAUCAUCGACACGGUAGUCCUCAACGCCGUUCUCUCGGGACUACUCCGGGCCGGCGAAGAAGAUGCGGCCGAUCGCGUAUACGACGGUAUGAAGGCCUCUGCUGCUUCAACACUGGGCAAGGGACGCGAGUUACCCGUCCGAACGUAUAUGAACGACAAGUCUAUCACUUCUGCGCUGCAGAUGUUCGCCAAGAUGGGUCGGCGGUUCCCGCAGAUGCAGCCGCGGUUCCAGGACAUGGCGCUUAUACACCCAAACCUGCAGACGUAUCGUAUACUGCUAAAUUUCUACUGCAAACAGGGCAACCUAGCCAAGGUGGCCCAGUGCGUGGACGAGAUGCGCUGGUUUCAGAUUCCGGUGCACGGCGCUAUCUUCCUGGCACUUUUCAAGGGCUAUGCCACCCACGGCGGCGGAUUCCGUAGCGCCACCUGGGGCGAGCAGCGCCUCACCAGCGUUUGGGACGCCCUCCUUCGCUGCCUCGACAGCGGCACCCCGGACCUGGAAAUCACCACGUGGCUGGCGCUGUGGGCCCUGCGCGCGUUUGCAAGGUGCUCGUCGCGCGAGCGUGUCAUGGACGUCUACGACGCCCUCAAGGAGCGCUGGCGUCUCAGCCACGACGACGAGUACUUUAUGAGUGACUUUCUGGGCAGGCUCCUCGAGAAGUACUGCUGAAGGAGCGAGUGCUUCGGGACGCUGCAGACGCAGCGGCGGAGAAUAAAGGUUGUGAACCUCAGGAUUUCCGUGGUUCGUGUUUGCGUGUAUUUCAUGUUGUACAAAAAAUAAUGAGGAAAAAAGCAUCUGAAGCGCUACAUCAGAUUUGGGAUCACAAUGGGAUGGUAGAGACAGAGCUUGGGUAGGCAGGAGUUAUCAAGGUCCUCGCACAAUACAAGAGAAGCGGGAGAUGCAUGCUUGUGGAUAUAUACAAGGAGCGAGACGGUUUUGCGGUUCGAGGGCCAUAUAUGUACAUACUAAGGGGGAGCCUCGGUGCAAUGGUUGGUCGACGUCAGUAUGGAACCACAGUAGCAAUGGACAAAGCAGUUCAAAGCAA